AUGGAAAUCACCGUACGAUCAGACCAGCGCACUAAGAUUGAUAGGAACACACUAUUAAAAGCUAUGGAACCCAGGGUCAUCGGCGGGACGGGGUUGUGUUUGCGUAUACGGGAAAAAGGGGGUCCAACACGACGAGCCGGGGGAAGGGUUUUAGGAGAGCCGCAACGAGUCGACGACGACCAGGCAAAGCGAGCAGCGAGUCGCGAGCCAACCGUCUGCACCCAUCCAUUGAUUCAUGGAAUCAUCAUGGGCGGACUCUUCCACGCCCGCCCUGCGCUAAUAGCCCGCAUCUGGCGACUCAGCUUGCCCCUGGGCCUUGUAGACGCUGGUGACAAUGGUGACGACCCUGAACGGCCCUGA